AAACAUCUUCUCAAUAUUACUCUUUAAAAGUUUCUCGAUAUUGUCAAAGUUUCAUAUUCUUGUUAAUUUCUGUUCUCAAAUAUUAAAGAUAGAAACAGACGACAAUAUGAAGUUUGCCGAUUCAUUUUCGUACUUACCUAGCAACCAAAGUAUUUAUUGUUUUGACCUAGGAGGGAACGUAGUUCUACGAAUAGAAACAAUUUAUUCUCCCAACGCACGAAUUUAUUUUACUGACACCAACAACCCGUCUAAUAAUAUAGCAAUCCCACCUGGGAUUGUUGUCAGAGAUACGACCAGGAACCUUAUCCUACCUCAAGCAUGUUUUCAACCACUUGGUUAUUACUUGAUACUUUGGUAUUACAGCUACGAAAUAACUUAUAACAAUCAAGUAGUUAUUGUAUUAUCAAAUCAAGAGCAGCAAUCUGUGCAACUCGCCGACGGACUAGUUCAUUAUCUCGAUUGAUGUUUAUUUUCCUGUGCUUCUUCCAUAGUUCGUCAAUUUCCGUUCUAUUAUCUUCUCGUACUGAUUUACCCUUUAU